AUGGACGAUCUAUCGGGAUUUGAAUACGAACGAAUGUUAAAUAUCGCCUACGAAGUAGACGAAAGACAAUUAAGAGCGGUUUAUUCAAAUAAUAUAUUUCUUUUGAAACCUUUUCAUUUUCAGGAACAGGCCGAGGAACUAAAAAAUCGGAUGGCAAACGUGCAGAAAAAAUUUGGAAACAUUGAUUCUGAAUCGAGAACUUUCAAAGUGAGAACGAAAAUGUCUCACCUACUUUGAAAUAUGGAAUAUUUUUUAGCGAACUGCUGUGGACACGGAUAAAUCCUGGGAAGACAGUCCGGCAAGCAAGAAGUCUACCAUGGAUGAGGUAAAGAUUUGAAUUGAAGUUCAAACUAUGAUUAAUAUUCUAGAAGAAGCCUGAAACAGCUGCGGAAAGAGCUGACCGGGAAGAGGAGCUGGCUCCCGGAGAACGUCGUUCAUCUGAGCAUGAGAAGGACGUGACCGUCCCUGAACUGUCGCCAGGAGCUCAGAAAGAAACUGAGCAGCAAGUGGAGAAAAACGGCCCUUGCUUUACUGCUAGCAAGUAUAUUUAA